AUGAUCAAUCCCAAGAAGCUUGCUCAGUUGGCGAGGAAGUGGCAAAGGGUAAAAAUAGCCACCAACGAUGACGACAGAUGCUGCGCCAUUUCACCAGUUGCAGACAAGGGCCACUGCACCGUGUACACGGUGGAUGGGAGCAGGUUCGAGGUCCCAUCAGCGUACCUCAGCUCAAUGGUCUUCAGUGAGCUGCUGAGGAUGGCUGAGGAGGAGUUUGGCUUCACAGGCAAUGGCAGGAUCACUCUGCCUUGUGAUGCAGCUGUGGUGGAGUAUAUGAUGUGCUUGCUCCGGAGAAAUGCAUCAGAGGAAGUUGAGAAGGCAUUCCUGAGCUCUGUAGUGAUGCCUUGUCAGCAUUCAAGCUAUCCAAUGCCACCGGUGGUGCUGCAUCAGCAAUUUGCAGUUUGUAGCUCCUGA